AUGGUGAUAUCAAGUAGUAAUUCAUCAUAUAAUAAAGAUGGAAAGGUAAAUCGAAGUAAGAUUGUUCCUUAUAUUACAAGAGAGAUGAGUAUUAGUCAACUACAAGAUGAGAAAUACCACAGUUUUAUUCAAAAUACAUUGGCAGACUACCAGGCAAGUGCAUUUAAUGCUCAAAAAAUUGCAUUGGAAAAGGAUCAAGAGCUUAAAGAAUUGAAGGAUUCACAAAAUUCAGAUAAAGUUUCCUUAAAGUAUUACGAAGAGAAAUGCAAACAAUUGGAAAAUGAGCUUAAAGAAACUUCAAUGGGAUUGUUAUAUGGAAGGAAAGAGAAGGAACAAGAGAGACAAAUUGCUAAAAUGAGUAGUGAAAUAGUAUCGUUUGGGAAGAAAAAGGAAGAAUUAGAAACAAACUUGAAAUAUUAUAAAGAUAGAGAAAUGUAUUUAGAGCACGAGCUAGAACUUAAAGAGAAUGAAUUAUACAAACUUUCUCAAGAGUUUGCUUCUUUGACAGAAAAUUAUAACAGCACAUAUUCAGAAUUAGAAAAAUGUAAAUUUGAUCUUACUACAGAACAGAAUAAUAAUAAGUCAUUAGAGAAUCAACUAAUAAUUAAAAAUGAUGAAAUUACUAAAUAUAAGGCAAGCUUAAGUAGUAAAGAGGUAGAAAUUAAUAAUUUAAAGAAUGAAAUACAAAAGCUGAAUUCAAUGAUUGAAAUCAAUAAUUCUGAAAUAACUACAAUUAGAGAACAGCUUAAAUCAAAGCAGAAAGAGUGUUUAGAAUAUAGUAAUAAGAUUCAACAAAUAGAAUUGGAUAUGAGGAAUAAUUUAAAUGAAAAUGAAAUAUUAAUUAAGGAUUUGAAUUCUCAAAUUACUUUGACUAGGAAUGACUUGGCUCAAAAAGUGGAAUUAAUUAAUGAAUUGAACUCCCAAAUAUCUAAUCUUGAUCUAAAACUCCAGGAAUCAUCAAAGAAUUUACUAGAGAAAGAAAAAACAAUUAGUAAGCUUAAAACUGAGCAGCAAAUUACUAGCUUAGAAUCAGAUGGUCUUAAAACAAAGAUUCAAAUUAUUGAACAAGAGAAAGCAAACAUUGAACAAGAGAUUGAAACAAUAUUAGUAGAAAAGAAAAAAGUAGACGAGGAACUUAAAGAUACAAUUAAUAAGAAAAAUUCCAAGUUAGACGAAGCUCUGACUUACAGAAUUGAGUCUGCUGUAUCUGCUGAAAGGGAGAUUAGUCAACUAAAAGAAAAGAAUAAAAUAUUAGAAUUUGAGAAGAAUAUACUACAGGAAAAACUGGAAAUUUCUAAUAAUAAUAUUAAAAUCAAAGAUGAUGAAAUCCAACAACUUAAAAAUACAAUUCAAGAUCUUGAUCAUCAAAAUACUAAACUUGAAAAUGAGCUUCAUACUCUACAAGAAAGUAGCAGAAGAGAAAGUGUAGAGAACACAUUUAGAAGUAGCAGGGCUAGUCCAAAUGUUGUAAGUAAUCAAAUCAAUACAUCUUCUGGCUCUAAAAUUGAUUCCAAUAAUAACUUAAUCUCAAAUGAGUCAACAACUGCUACUGUUUUAGCUAAUGAUAAAAUUGUUAACAACACAAUUGAUACUGUUGUCGAAGAUUCUAGUAUUGCUUUUGCUUCUAAAUCAAUUUACAAACCUCCAGCAAAGUCAAUAAGUAAAAGCGCAAUUUCCUCAUUACCAAAACCAAAGUCCAAGAGUGCAGUUAAAUCAGCUCCUGUGGCAGAUGAGAUUAAAGUCGGUGAACCUAUACUUGUAUCUAAAUCUGAAACAGAAGUUAAACCCAACUAA